AACGUUUGGGAAGCGAGGAGGGCUGGGCGGUGGAUAGCGGCGCCUGAGGGCGGGACUUCCGGGCCGGUUCAAAUCCCUCCCUCCCGGACAUGACGAUAGAGUGUCAACAUGCAAGAUGGCGGCUCAUCACCGACAGAACACGGCGGGGCGGCGGAAAGUGCAGGUCUCCUAUGUAAUUAGAGAUGAGGUGGAGAAGUACAAUCGGAAUGGAGUAAAUGCACUGCAGCUGGACCCAGCAUUAAAUAGACUUUUUACAGCAGGACGAGACUCCAUCAUCAGGAUAUGGAGCGUCAACCAACACAAGCAAGACCCCUAUAUAGCCUCUAUGGAACAUCAUACAGACUGGGUGAAUGAUAUUGUACUCUGUUGUAAUGGCAAAACCUUGAUCUCUGCUUCAUCUGAUACUACUGUUAAAGUAUGGAAUGCACAUAAAGGAUUUUGCAUGUCAACAUUAAGGACCCAUAAGGAUUAUGUGAAAGCCUUAGCAUAUGCAAAAGAUAAAGAAUUAGUAGCAUCUGCUGGGUUGGACAGACAGAUAUUCCUCUGGGAUGUAAAUACACUAACAGCACUGACUGCCUCAAAUAACACUGUCACAACUUCUUCCCUUAGUGGGAACAAAGAUUCCAUCUACAGUCUUGCCAUGAAUCAGAUGGGAACAGUGAUUGUAUCAGGGUCCACUGAAAAGGUUUUGAGGGUAUGGGAUCCAAGAACUUGUGCGAAGCUUAUGAAAUUGAAGGGACACACAGACAAUGUUAAAGCUUUGCUGUUGAACAGAGAUGGCACACAGUGUCUUUCUGGCAGCUCUGAUGGAACUAUCAGACUCUGGUCACUUGGUCAGCAAAGGUGUAUAGCUACAUACAGAGUCCAUGAUGAAGGCGUAUGGGCACUGCAGGUCAACGAAGCCUUCACUCACGUUUAUUCAGGUGGAAGAGACAGAAAGAUAUAUUGUACAGAUUUACGGAACCCUGAUAUCCGGGUGCUGAUUUGUGAAGAAAAGGCACCCGUACUUAAGAUGGAGCUAGAUAGAUCAGCUGAUCCUCCUCCGGCACUGUGGGUUGCAACAACUAAGUCAUCUGUAAAUAAAUGGACUUUGAAGGGAGUUCACAACUUCAGAGCAUCAGGUGACUAUGACAAUGACUGUACCAAUCCUAUAACACCCUUAUGCACACAGCCUGACCAAGUCAUCAAAGGGGGUGCUAGUAUUAUUCAGUGCCACAUUCUCAAUGACAAAAGACACAUACUAACCAAAGACACAAACAACAAUGUGGCAUACUGGGAUGUGUUAAAGGCAUGUAAAGUAGAAGACCUUGGGAAGGUGGACUUCGAAGAAGAAAUUAAAAAAAGGUUUAAAAUGGUCUAUGUGCCAAAUUGGUUUUCAGUAGACUUAAAAACUGGGAUGUUGACAAUUACUUUAGAUGAGAGCGACUGCUUUGCAGCUUGGGUCUCAGCAAAAGAUGCUGGGUUUAGUAGUCCAGAUGGAUCUGAUCCAAAAUUAAACCUCGGAGGGCUUUUACUGCAGGCUCUCUUAGAGUAUUGGCCUAGAACACACAUCAAUCCCAUGGAUGAAGAAGAAAAUGAAAUGAACCAUGUGAAUGGUGAGCAUGAAAACAGGGUUCAGAAAGGAAAUGGGUACUUCCAAGUGCCACCACACACGCCAGUUAUUUUUGGUGAAGCUGGAGGACGCACAUUAUUUAGGUUGCUGUGUCGGGAUUCUGGUGGGGAAACUGAAUCCAUGCUCCUUAAUGAAACUGUGCCACAAUGGGUAAUUGACAUCACUGUGGAUAAAAAUAUGCCAAAAUUCAACAAGAUUCCCUUCUACCUCCAACCUCAUUCAUCUUCGGGAGCAAAAACAUUAAAGAAGGACCGAUUAUCAGCCAGUGACAUGUUGCAAGUCAGGAAGGUGAUGGAGCAUGUCUAUGAAAAGAUAAUAAACCUGGACAAUGAAUCACAGACAACUAGCUCUUCCAAUAAUGAAAAAGCUGGGGAACAAGAAAAAGAAGAGGAUAUUGCAGUUCUAGCAGAGGAGAAAAUUGAACUCUUAUGUCAGGACCAGGUUUUGGAUCCAAAUAUGGACCUUCGAACUGUCAAGCACUUCAUAUGGAAGAGUGGUGGUGACUUGACUCUCCACUACCGUCAGAAAUCAACGUGAGCCAAGUAUUGGACCCAACUGGUUAUUAACUUACUUGAGCUUCCUGUACUGGUUCCAGCUGUAGUGCUCUAGAAGCCCACUGAAACCCUAAGAUAGAUCUGACACUUCUAAUGCCUCAGUGCGGACAGAGUCUACUUGAAUUGAAGUGACUAAUAAAUCUGUAAUAUAGACAAAUCUGUUAUGACCUAAACUAAAGUCUGUCCUUAUCAAGGUACAAGUGAGAGUGAUGUGAGAAGCCCUUGAGUGAUUCCUGGUGUGAGGUGUACAGAGACCAGAUGAUCCAGUGCAGAUGUCUGUGAGGUUCCUAUUUCAGUUUUUUAUUUCCAAGAUUUGUCAUAGAUUCAUCUGCUGAAGCUUGGUAUGGAAACACUUUCUCAGCCCUGCUGAUAACUUGUUCACAGUGUAAAAAACUGCAUGUGCUGUACUUUGUUAAUACAUUCCACGUAGUAAAUUUUGGCCACUUCUCAAGACAAAUCUACUUUAAAAGAGGAAAGAACUGUUGUAUAAUUGAGUAGAACAGAGCCCUUAAUGUAAGCUGAAGGGGUUAACUUCCUUAGGCUUGUUUAUGAUUGUCUUUCAGCUGUGAUCUUGUAAGAAACCAUUUUUGGUACUUGGAGUAAAAAAAAUCAGUAGAUUGUAUGAUUACAGGGUCAGUACAAUGGUGCAGUGCAUCAUGAUGAAAUAUUUCAACUAACUAGAAUUUUUAAAGUGUAACUUCUGUUGUCCAUUCUUUCUCUUAAGAUGACACACUGGUCAUAAUUCCAAGUAACUGUGAUCUCUGUUUGACAGUUUCACAAACUAGAAACUUUGCAGUGAAUACUGUAGUCAUGAUAACAUAAAGGAUUUGCAGGUUUUCCUCCAGUGGUUUUUUAUAUGCAUUUUUUGGAUAUUUUUGUUUUAGUACAUUGUGUACAGCUUGGCUUUUCUUUUUCACUGUUUCUAAAAACAUUUUACAGCUUUUACAUAUUUUCAUUACUGUCUUACUGUAGCAUCUAACUUAUUAUAGCAGGGAGGGAGGCAACACUUCAGUGUCUGGGCAAGAAAAGCUGUCUUUGAUUUAAAGUUUUAACUGGAACAACAUCCUGAUGGUAAAAUGGUUCUUAUUUGAAACAGAAGCACAAGUGCCUUUUCAUGAGGCAGUAAAGUAAAACUAGAGUGUGCUUCCUCUCUCUCAAAAAUUGAACAUUCUCCCCUUCGUUUAUAGUGACUGUCAGACGCAAAAAUAUGGCCAACAUGACAUAAGGAGGACAGAUGAAGUAUUAACUCAAAAUGCUGGCUUUGCAACAUGGGAGUUGCUUCAGUAACUUGUCUAAUCAAGUACCGUAGGGGCAGGCAGCUGAUCUGGGCAACUGACCUAGCAGUUGGCAGUGCCAGUGUGUCCAGAAACAAGAACAGUGCCAACCACAUCAGAGAAAAAUAUCCGAAAGUGUUGUAAAAGCCUAAUUUAUUCUCAUUCAUAAUAGCCUUCUGGGUAUUUCAACUUAGGGUUUUUAAAGGGGAUUUUUUUCCCACUGAGUGUGGUAGAGGAAUAUAGUAAGCAACACCUUUUGGAUAAGUUUCUUUGGGGGGGGGGGGGCUGGCUUCACGUAAUGAGGAACUGUAUAGAACUUUGUUAUACAUAUUCCCAGUUGUCAAAGUGACUACCAUGUUGCAAAUGUAAUAUUUGGAUUUGACCCUAAAUCUUUUACCCAUCUGUGCUCUAGAUGACAUGUCACUGCUUACUGGUUCAGACUGAAGAUCGCAUAUACCUUUUCCUUCAGUAUUACCAAUUUUGUAAAUCCUGUUUGUGUGUACAGACAUAUAGUUUGCCACAAUCUGUGCUACACAGCACAUUUAGUGAUGUGGGUAAAUUCAUUGGUUAAACUGAAGUGUAAAUUGUUCCGAAAUGUAUUUCUUAAUAGACACCCCCCCCCCAAAUUCUGGCUUUUGUGCUCUCCUUCAUAUCUUCACUGAAAACUCAUUUAAUUCUCCCUGUUACCUUCCUUUUCUUUUUGUUUUCUUUUCAAAUCAGCCAAGAUUCCAACUCUUUUUUUCCCUACAGUCCAAGUAAUGUCAUUUCAGGAAAGAUUGACAGAGGGCCUGCAAUGCCAAAAGGACAAACAUGUAUUUCACAGUUGUAUAGAAAUAAAGAAAAAACUUUAGGUAACAUUU